CCCUAUGCCUCACUAGCUUUGUUGAGGAGAACCUCUGGAAGCCCAUGGACCGUGAACUUCACUGGACAUCUUACCUGGCAGGUAGUCCGAACGGGUCAGUGUACCGCUCCAGUCGCGAACCCUGUCCACCCUCCCACGAAGGAUUAUCUCCAGGCUUCCACAAGCACCGUUCUACAGAUCAGCUCUCAGUCCGGACACGUCCUCUCCCUGGCGGAUACCUGUCUUCUUUCAUCGCUCCUCCUUCCUUUGCUGUGUUGGAGCAACAGCCUCAGAGUGUGUCUCCCUCCGUCUGCAGCAUGGCGUCUCUCGGCCUCCUGCUGCUUGGUGCUGCUCUGAUUCACGCCACUCAGACUCUACCUGCAGCUCGUGGUGGUGGGCGUGGCCUGGACAUUUCAGCGAAUGGGAUCAGACGCCAGCGCAGAGACCUCCGCAACCGGCUGCCGUAUGAAGACCAAAUGAUGCCAUAUCCUGCCAUGCAAGCAGGAGGUGGAGCCACCGACCCUUACUACCAAUCAGACGACUGGAGAGGGCGGGGAAUUGACCAGGCUCUGCAGCGGUUGGUGGAGAGAGACCAGAGGAGGGAGCUGGAGGAGGGGCAACGAGCAGCUUACCUGGCUGCUCUGCUCCGCCUCCUGAGUGAAGCAGAGAGCGUGGGAUUGGUCGACCCAGGGGCCAUCGAGGUAGUGGAGGAGGAGGAAGAUGAAGAGGAUGAUCAAGGACCUCCAGGGGACUUCCAGACCCCUGAUGUUGCAGACUAUGAUGAGACAGGGCAGGGAAUGAACAUGAGGAGGCCCAAUGCCCCCUGGUGGGACCUCGUGGAGCCACAGCUGGCUCAGGCACUGCUGGACAGGAUGGAUCCUCUGCUGGUCCAGAGUCUGCUGCAGAGAGCUGGAGAUCAUGGAAGAACAUCAUUAGGGCUGAGCCGAGACCAGGACGCCCUCAGGCGAAUGGUUGCUAAGAUACUGUCCAGCAUCAGCCCUUACAACCGCCAGGCGAUGAUGUCAUCAGGUCGCAGAGCAAAGAGGGACCUGUCGUCAAAAGGAAAUGAACCCAUUAGCCCCGCCCACAAAAGAACCCGCCGCUCCCUGGACAGCAUGGCUCCUCAGUCGCCUAGCAACGGGCCACCCCUUCUCCGAGUAAAGAGGCUGGAGGAUGAGGAGGAAGAAGAAGAAAAGCUCCGCCCACAAGUAACCGGGCUGCAAAGGAUGAAACGCAUUGAUACCAUGACAACCGGUGAUCCAGAGGAAGUAAAUCAUGGGAGUCGUAGGCGCCGCAGGAGAGCUGUUCUAAACUACGAUCCCCAAACGCUGAUGGAUCAGAUUCUGGAUUACCUGAGGGAGUGAGAGGAGGAGGAGGAGGAGGAGGAGAAAGAGGAAGAUAAUUCGGGUUGUGUCUCACAUUUUUAUUCUUCGUAUUGUUUCUUUGGUUUUGCUGCUUGUGUAAAAUCUAAGUGGAUCAAGUGUUUGUUGUAUAAAUCAGGAGGAAUCAGGAAGGAUAUUUAGGACAAAGGAAACUUCUCAAAUGUGACAUGUUUAAAAACUACAUUACCCAUUAGCCUCAGCUGCUGCUGGUGGUGGUGGUAAUGCAUUCAAUUUGCACUCGGACGUUGGACUUGAUGAGUUUCUAGUUGGAAAAACGAGAAGACCCACUAAAGUUGGAUUUGGGAAAUUUGGGAAAUUUCAAGGUCACCAAGCAGGCUUAGUUCAGGAUCCAAUACGACUGCUGUGCAAAGAAAAUCCAGUUAAAGUUUCAUAAAUGCACAAUUUUUUGGCAUGAACUGUUUAUAAGCGCUGCUGACAGGUUGUCUCAUUAAAGAAGAGACACAUAGGGCUAAACAACAUAGGUUCUUUUACUGUUUGAGCUACAAAACACAGAAUGCUAACAGUAGUUAGCAUCACAACAAUUAGCAGGACCAUCUGGUUUUCCAAUUUGUAGUUAGACUGAACUCUAUCGGCUCUAACGUCAUUCCCAGAUCCAAGCUCCAACUUCCGGGACAAAUCGAACACAUGAAAGCUUGUCUCUCAACUGCAUACAUUAAAGUCUCUCAUUUCUAGCAGAAAGGCUUGCUGGGAGUUGUAGUUAAACAGAAGCAUUAUUACAGGUUUGUCAUGAAAUCAAGUUUCCCUCUGGUACUCUGGUAAGACAAACAUGAUGAACAGCGUUUGUGACCGUGGCAACGGCUUCUCAGCUCUGUGAUUGGUUGCUGGUUGUCAAUGUCCCUGUACCUUCAGCUUGUUGCUGUGCCGACUUGUCUGUCUGUGGAGAAAUUUGAUUUGUGUCACAAAAAGAAAUAAAGUCAGUAAAUUCA